GGGCCGUGGCGGCUCUAACGGCGAGAACUUCGACACCGCGGGGGACGCCCGCGGGCUGGGGGUGCCCUCCAUGGGCUGGGCCCGGGCUUUAUUGUUCAUCUCCAACCGCUGUUGCUGCUCCUGCACCACGAGGCAAAGUUGGUGAAGGUUGGGGCGCCCUGGAGCCGAGGGAGGAUGGAGGAGAGAGAGGGCGAGGUGAGGUGGGAUGGGUUGUGCAGCAGGGAUGCCAGCACCAGAGAUGCUGCCUUGGAAAACAUCCGGCAGGCUGUUUUGAGGAGAACAGCCCAGGUGUCACCUGUAAAAGAGGAUCUUCCUCCUGGGCCAUCGGAAGGAUGCUUGGCUUCUGCUACAGUUCCGGACAGAUUGAAUGAGAUGCUGGCUCGCCUCCUCAUGCUUUCCCAGAGAUGCCCCUUUAGAAACGUCAGGGAGAAGAGUGAGUCUAUUCUAAGCAGUGUUCAGGAACUUGGAAUUAGAAUUCCUAGACCACUGGGACAUGGACCAAGCAGAUUCAUCCCAGAGGAGGAGAUUCUUCAAGUGGGAAAUGAAGAUUCCCAGAUGCAUACAUUAUUUGCAGAUUCUUUUGCUACUUUGGGCCGUUUGGACAACAUCACUUUAGUGAUGGUUUUCCAUCCACAAUAUCUAGAAAGUUUUCUGAAAACUCAGCACUAUCUACUGCAGAUGGAUGGUCCAUUGCCUCUUCAUUACCGACACUACAUAGGGAUAAUGGCUGCAGCAAGACAUCAAUGCUCCUAUUUAGUUAACCUCCAUGUUGAUGACUUCCUUCAUGUUGGAGGAGACCCAAAAUGGCUGAAUGGCCUAGAGAAUGCACCUCAUAAACUUCAAAAUUUAGGAGAACUGAAUAAAAUAUUGGCUCAUCGUCCUUGGCUUAUCACCAAAGAGCAUAUUGAGCAACUUCUGAAGACUGAAGAGCAUAGCUGGUCCCUGGCAGAGCUGAUCCACGCUGUUGUUCUCCUUACACACUACCAUUCACUUGCUUCUUUCACAUUUGGCUGUGGAAUAAGCCCAGAAAUUCAUUGUGAGGGUGGUCACACAUUCAAGCUUCCCUCUGUCAGUAACUACUGCAUCUGUGAUAUUACAAAUGGCAACCAUGGAGUAGAUGAAACUCAUGUCAGCCCAAUCAGAGGCAUUUCGACUACAGAAUCUUUCUGUGAAGUAGAAGAACUUAUGGAGAAAAUGAAGAAGCUACAAGAGUGCAGAGAUGAAGAGGAAGCCAGCCAAGAGGAGAUGGCUACACGUUUUGAGAGAGAGAAGAGAGAAAGCAUGUUUGUGUGUUGUUCAGAGGAUGAGGAAUCAGCACUUACAAGAGAUGUAUCUCGCCACUUUGAGGAUACAAGCUAUGGGUAUAAAGACUUUUCCAGACAUGGAAUGCAUGUGCCUACUUUCCGUGUUCAGGACUAUUCUUGGGAGGACCAUGGCUAUUCCCUGGUUAAUCGUCUUUACCCAGAUGUGGGGCAGCUGAUUGAUGAGAAGUUCCAUAUUGCUUACAAUCUGACAUAUAAUACAAUGGCUAUGCACAAAGAUGUAGAUACCUCCAUGCUUAGACGUGCAAUUUGGAACUAUAUCCAUUGUAUGUUUGGAAUAAGAUAUGAUGAUUAUGACUAUGGUGAAAUUAAUCAGUUGCUGGACCGCAGCUUUAAAGUUUACAUCAAAACUGUGGUGUGCACUCCUGAAAAAACCACAAAAAGAAUGUAUGAUAGCUUCUGGAGACAGUUCAAACAUUCUGAGAAGCAUCCUUGGUCAGAAGAUAUGCAAGUCCCAACCAACCUUGGAACCAGUGAAGGCACGGUCUGAUAGUUUGAAACUAAGUGUCCUGGCCACCACCUUCCUUGUGAUAAAGCAGCCUUGACUAUCUGAUGUGGCAAGUAAGGGGGAAAAAGAAACUAGGACAGGUUUACAGUGCAACUUGAAGGAACAUGCUUCAGAAUUUAGAAUCCACUACAGGUGCCAAGCACAACUGCUGGUUGUGGACAAAUGUAUGAGACAAGGACCAAGUUGGAGAGUUUUUCAACAUGAUUGAAUCAGUUCAGAAGAGACCCAAGGUAAAACUACUUGCAAAAUCUGUAUUUGGCAAAUCCAGCAAUUACCAGCUAUUGCUAGUAACAGGUAAUAGAUAGAGGGCCCCCCCCUUUACAAAGCAAAGGCAAUUCCUUCUCUUUACUUUUAUUCUUUGAGCACAUAAAAUGGGAACUGAUGCCAACUUUGACAGGCUCUAUUUCCUCUAUAGGAAUGGAAGCCACUUGACUGUAGGCCAGCAGAGAUUUUCUGCAUUAGUAAAUUGAAUGGGAUCUUGGGAAAGCUCAGGUUGGCAUUCCAAGGCAAGGGGUUGCAAGCCCUCCAUACUGAGAUGCCUAACUGAACAGCGGUGUUCAACACUAGUAUGUGUGGUUAGGUGUGCAGAGAGGAAGGAAGGGAGAAGUUGAAUCCUGCCAAAAGUAGUGGGGAAAGCUACCUUUAAAGCAUGGACUUCUGAAGCUUAAUAGAAAGGAAAAACAACUACGCCAAGAAGAAUGUGGUCUUUGUGGCAAGAAACCCUGCAGUAGAUGGCCCAAAGCCAGGAUUUCAAAUCCAAGCAAGCACCACCACCACCACCAAAGAGUUUGUAUAAGUAGACUAGGGAAAGGACAGAUAAGGGAACAAUGCCUGUUCUUAGAGGAAAUGCAUUGACAAGCCCAGAGAUUCUUUUCAUAUGCAAAUUAACUAUCUCUGACAAAAAGAUAGGUUGAAAAUAAAUGGAUAAAGGCAUUGCCUGAGGGCUCUUGGAUCAAAAGAUCACUGAAGCAUAUUGUAUAUAAAACACCCCUUUCUGCAGCAAGUAGACUAUGAAAGUCUUGGAAAGGACAGGAGGCAGAGACUAAACGAAAGAGAAUAGUGCAGAUAUGUAACUGAAUAUUCCCCAAAGAGAUGAAUUAUUAUUGGCCAGAAUGUAUGGGGAUCUUCUGUGGAAGUAUGUAGCUAUCUAUCCAGGUACAAACUACAUCUACUGUAGUUGGAUAAUUUCCCAUCCCCCUUCUCAGUGUGGAAAUCGGGGGUUUCUCCUGACCUACAGAGCAUACGAAUGCCAUCCCAGGAGCGAGACCUACAUGCAGCUACAUGGCGUGGUGGAACUCAGGACUGGAGCACGAAGUGCAGGUUCUGUGCCAUGAAAACUGGGAGAAUCCGUGCAGCCUAAGGGUGGGAGCAACCUAGGAGCGUAGGCCAAUACCAGGUUAUAGCAGAAUGAAAGUGUAUUUAACCCUGUCACCACCAUCAUGUAAAUGAGAUAUGGCACAAUUGUGUUGACACAUUAAAACCCACAGAAAGGGAAGAAGGAAAAAGGAUGAGAUAAUGGAAGUCUUGAUAGCCAAUAUCACAAAGUACACUGCUGGAUCUUCCCAGAUCUGCUGUUCCUGAGGCACUCCGGAGGGAUAGCUGAAGCAGCUAUGCACAGUGAAGAAGUGGCAGGCAGUGGAUUAAGUGGAAAGAGGAUCUCAAGGGUAGCAAGCAUACCUGUCCCUGAGAGAAGGCGUUAUUUACUGGCCGAGCUGCUGGAAAGGGGCGUGAGGGACAGCAGCAAGGAAAUCCAGUCCUCCUUUCUGCCCUUUUGACACUUGCUGCCUGACUCUUCUCUAUCCAGACUUUCCCACUCUCCUUGUCCUUCAUUUUGGUCUUAUUUAUUUCACAUAUCUUCUUGAUACAGAUAGUUAGUGAAGCUGAUGAACGGAGAUGACAGCUGCUCCAAUGCUCAGGAGCCAACAAGUGAAGGAAAAUAACUGGCCUGCUACUUAUGUACAGCCUAUUAAUUGACUGAAGUUGCCUCCUACUUCCUGACUGGAAGAUCCUUAAUGCUGAUAAUCCAUCCUAAGUCUCUGGGUAUAAUGGCAGGAGACGGUUGUAGGCCAAUAUUAACUCACAUUUUUCACUACCAAAAUUCAGCAACUCUCACACACAGAGGAAGUAAUUCUGAUGAGUAAGAGUGCUAUUUUUAGUCAUUUUUCUAACUAUAUAUUUGAGGAAGAUUAUCUUUCAAGGUAAUUUUUGAUUUAAAUAAGCAUCCUUAAAUGCUACAAGUAAAAUUGUAAUUGCAUGUGGAUACCUGACUAAUGGCAGAUGAACAAGCUAAUGGGAGUGAGAGUAACCAAAUAAGGAUGUACUGUCAAUAUCUUAAUAGUUGAAGGAAAAAAUUUUAUAUAUAUAAAAAUGCAGCAAUGUUAGAAAUGAACCAAAAUGAAGAUGCAUAGUUAGACCUGAACAAGAGACCUUUCAGGUAGCAUUGUAACUGACUAGUACGUUUGUGCUUUUGUUAGAGAAAUGCCAAUGAAUAUUUUUAGACAAGAUGUCUUAUCAGGCAACAGAGUGCCAUCUAUCACUGCAUAACAAGAAAAAAUAAAGCAAAUAAAUUACUUAGUAACUUUCUGUAAAUUUGAACCAUCGCCAGAAAUGGCCAGAGCAAACUCUGGGGCAUCUCACGUUUUAUCAAGUCUUUGUAGCUACCACAUCUAAUCCUCUACAACUUUUAAAGACAUUUUUAAAAAUUUGUAAAUCAAAAUUCAAAGAUUUGUCUCUCUCUCUCGUAUUUCUUAUGUUUUUAAGGCAAUUGGAAGAGGCUGACUCAGUAAGUAUAAAAAAUAAAGUAGUGAAUAUAAAAUAAAAGGGUAAGAUAGGACAAAACCAAUGAAUUAUUAUGUACAAUUUGAAAACAAAUGCAUUCAGCAGUAACAAUAUCUGGUUGAUCUCCAUGCCACUAGAUGUAAUUUCUCUGCAACACAGUCCCUGGCAUUGGGGGAGCAAGGCAGGGGCUACAGGGAAUUUUUAAAAUAGAGGGGAAUAGAAGGGUGAUCCAUGAAACUUACAAUGGGAAUGGAGAAAUGCAAGGUGCAGCCUACUGAAGCAACAAUGUGUGCAACUUUCUAGUGUGUUAGGGGAAAGGUCUUAAUCCUCUGUGCUGCCCAGUGUGCUCUGUAAUCUCUAAACAGCUGAAGGGUAGUUGGGCCAUACCAAGCAAAUGGCUGUUAGUGAAAGACACUAAUAUGUAGUGGGCAAUAAUUUUUGAUGGGGGGCCACUCAAGAUUUUGGAAAGUGGUUGAGGGCCGCACUCUUCCAUGAUAUAAAUGGAGAUGC